AUGGCAGUGAAUGUGUGGCGUGCGGGUAAUGCAAGAGGACGGAAGGGUCAAGGUAAAGGCCCUGCUUCUGGUGGCUUUGCCGACGAUGACGAGGCGGAGUCGGUGGCAGAUGCAGAGCUUGAACAUGGCUCAGCAGAAGACGAAGGUGGUGGUGCCCCUGCGGAAGGCACUGGCGACUCACUUCAUGAUGGGGAAGGGGGUCGUUCUGCAGCUCAUGGGGGGCACGAUCAUGGUAGAGGUCUAGGUGAGUGGAAGCAUGAGUCGUCACAGUCAAAGAGCCAGCGGUCGUCUUGGUCCCAGGUUUCCGGCGGGAAUAGUGGCCGAGAUAGUGAAGAUCAAUGGUGGAACUAUGACUGGACGUGGAGCUGGUCGGGUGGUUGGGCCAAGGUUGACAGUCAGCCUCGGCGUGACAGCUACAUGGCCAAGGUCGAAGAGACCACGCGGGGCAUCGAUGGACGAUGGCCUAACAGUGGUCAGGGCAGCCAUCGUGGUGACCAAGAUGAAGUGUGGAGCAGUGCCGGCACAGCGAAGCCGACAGAGAAGAUGAUGGUCCCUGAGUUUUCAGGGGAAGGAGUGGAGACAGAGCUCGGCCUGACGGCGAGGUCAUAUCUGCGGAAGGUGAAGGCAUGGCUGAAGUGCACGAAGCUUCAUGAGAAGGAGCGGGCUCUGGCGUUGUACACUCAUUUGAGUGGCAAGGCAUGGGUGUGCGCCGAAGAGCUCGACGUGGACCUUUUGGGAACUCCAGGUGGGGUUGAAUACUACUUGGAUUGGGUCCGGGUGCGCUUCAUGGAGAUGGAGGUCAACAAGGUCUCGAAUGUCAUGUCGGAACUUUUCCGGCGGUGCAAGAAGAAAGGUGACCAAACGGUCAGAGACUUCAAUGUGGAGUUCGAGAGGCUCUUGCUGCAUCUCGCCGAGUUGGACUGUGAGCUCCCACCCUUGGUGAAGGCCUGGCUGUACUUGGAUCGUCUUCGUCUACAUGAGGCGGAGGAGCUGGCGAUCUUGGCUUCGGUCGGCAACAAGUAUGACCUGAAGAUGUUGCAGCAAGCGGCAAUCAUACAAGAUAGAGGUGUGAGAAAGGUGGGCUCUUGGGAAGACUCCCGGGGCAAAGGCAAUGGGGGUCGUUGGCAUGGACGACACACCGUCCACUUCACUGAGGCUGGCUAUGAUGGUGGUGAGAUGUCUGAGGAAGAUGAAGUGGAAGUGAAGGAGGAGUCAGACUCCGAGCUGGUCACAGGGGAGGUGGCGAUGACCUACCAUGAUGCAUACAUGGCCUACCAGGACGCGAAGUCUCGGUACCGGGAGGCUGUGAAGGGCCGGGGGGUGGACAGAGAUGAGCUCAAGCGUCGCAGUGAGGAACGCUUGAAAGCUGCCAAGCUUCGCAGCUACUGUGGAGCUUGCAAACGGAAGGGCCAUUGGCAUAAAGACCCUGAAUGCCCUCUGAGGUCCUCUGGUGGAAGCGCACCUACAACGACUUCAUCCUCUACGGUGAAGUCGACGCAGAUGGCAAGCAACCUUCAGCAUGUGCAGAUGUGCUACAUGACCGACUUCAAGGACGCUUCUGUGGAGACCUUCGACAAGGGGAGCCAACAGGAAAUGUUGGCGAUCGCUGACACCGCUUGCACUAAGGCGGUGGCGGGCCAUGCAUGGUUUGAGGCAUACUACAAGAUGGCCGAUGAGCUGGGCAUCAAAGAGAAGCUGGUUAAAAUCAAGGUGGCAAUUGUGGAUUGCAAGGUGCCGUUGUUGCUGAGUCGCAAUGUCUUGGGCAAGCUGGGCAUGGUCUGUGCGGUCGACUCCCAGAUGGUUGACCUGAAGGCUUUGAAGCUUUUUGGGGUGCCUCUUAAGAUGUCUGACACUGGGCACCCGGCACUGGUAGUCAACCAAUUCCCGCGCAAUUUGGAGAAAGCGGGAUGCAUCUGGUCGAGCGACCCUGAUGUGCGUUUCUAUCUGACCGCUGCCGGGCAAUACAUGGCAUCAGCUGCUGGGGGUGGGCAGGGAAAGAUCAACACUCUCUUUUAUCCAAAGAAGAUUGCGGUAGAGAUCAACAACAUGCUUUCCCAUGAACAUCUUUCUGCAGUUUCGUUUUUGGCAUGGUGGCGGAAUGCAAAUCAAAGUCGUGAUUUUUGGAUUGAAACGUCAAGCGAGUUUGUCAGGGUGCACGUGGUUCCGAGAAGGGAUGUUUUUGAUCCAUCAAAGUGGAACACUAGUUUGCAACAUUUGAAGUCGCAGCUUUUGUCAUCUCUUGAGAGCAAGCGCAUCACUGAGCUGGUGAGGGAACUCAGAGAGCUCCAAGUUCCUGUGCACCCCAACUGGACAGUGCCAGAACUCAGGGCAACGCUCAUCGAGCAGCGCCCGGGCCAAACUCCAACCCGGGAGCAACAUGCCUUGAAAGGAAUCAGCAAGAUGUCCCUGGAGGAGCUCAAGAUCAAAGCAGUGGAGGCGGACUUGGAGAUGCCGCCGAAAGUCACGAGGGGCUGGCUCAUCAAAGCGCUGAGGGACAACCUUCAGCCCGAGGGGGACCAGGUCAUGACGUUCGGCAAGUACAAGUCAUGGAUGUUCAAAGAGGUGCCAUUCUCUUAUCAAGAGUGGGCGAUGAAGGAGACGGAGGUGAACACCAACAGCAGCCCGGAGCUAGUCCACUUUGCAGCAUGGUGCCGCCAAGAGCUGGCGGAACGGAAGCAACGGGCCAAAGGAAAGGGAGUCCCCACGAUGGUGGAGGACCCAGAGGUGAAUGCAAAGAUCCCUCCCCCGGCGAUGAGCGAGUCAGCCUGGAGUGUGCUGACGUGGAAAUCUACGGAGUCGGGAACGACUAUGAUCCCGGCCGCCAAGAGGGCAGCCAAGCAGAAGAGGGACAUGGAGACGAUCGAUGUGGAGAGCAUGGAUGCGCAGGUCCCGGCGGAGGUGGCCGAGCAGAUUGCACAGUUGGAGGCAGCGAUCGGGCUUGGAAAGCAGAGUGCAGAGACUGAAGAGUGCAUUGUCUCGGAAGGCGAUGCGACAGUCGGGCUUGGCAAGCGCAUAAAGAAUGUGGCCGUCCCUGAGUAUGACAUGCGUGGUGGGCGCAUGGACAAGGGGGACGCUUUUGAGAAUGACAUCACGGUCGGGCAUGGCAGUGGCACGGUGUAUAAGGCCGCUCCGGUGUAUGACAUGGACAAGGGUGGUUGUCCUCUGCAAGCUGGAGAGGUUGGAGCGACAGCGGCUGGUCGUCCUCAAGAGCGGCAUGUGUAUGGUGCCCCACGAGCACGUCCAGAUGGCUGGUUUGAUGAGGCGGGCCGGAGCCCGAAGCAGCGCGCCCGUGAUGGGGCUCACAAACGCAAGAUCAAUGCAUCUACAAGACGCAAGCUUCACCACAUGGGCAAGCAGGUGAUGUCCGUCUUGUUCACCUGCGCUUUGGCAGUCGGCAGCAUGGCGGAGGAGAUCGUGAUGGAGACAUUCAACACAGCAUGGGUCACUGUGAGGGGACCCAUGGAGUAUCGGGCUGACUGCCUGGAGCUUUUCGCUGGUGAGCAUGAGAUAUCCGCGGCUUUUGCAAGGGCGAAGAUGGCGGUGCUUCGACCGCGGGAUCUUCGUUUUGGAGAUGACCUCCGAGAUGGAGGACAACAAGAAGCAGUUCUGAGGGAGAUCAAAGAGCAGAGACCAAAGGUGGUGUGGAUUGCACCGCCGUGCACAUACUGGUGCGCCUUCUCACGCCUCAACUACACGAAGCAACAGCGGAGGAGAUUGCGCGCCAAGGAAAAGCCAUUUUUGGACCUCAUUGAUGAGGUCAUGCUCCUUCAACGUCAACUUGGUGGGCAUGUGGUCAUCGAAAACCCAAGUGGCUCCGACCUAUGGAACCACAGCAUGUUGCGGAGAUGGGCUGCUGAUGAUGAAGUAUACAGCUUCAACCUCGACAUGUGCCAGUUUGGACUUAGGUCUGGCCUCGAGGGGGACAAGUUUCUGAAGAAGGGCACUCGGCUGAUGGCCACCCACAUUGAUUUUAUGGAGGGCCUCCAGCGCAAGUGCGACGGGGCCCAUGACCACCGCCUCGUUCAGGGCUCUGACACGGCUCGGUCUGCUCACUACUCCAUGGAUUUUGCGGAGGCAGUGGUAGACGUGGUCAAGAACAUGCAGGCGCACCAGGUUCUGGUCACAGAAGAACCACAAGAUGCUGAGAUGGUGGAGGAAGGCGAGAUCACUCUUGAAGAUGAACGAGGUGCACUUGGCAUCAAGUUCAAGGGCUCAGUGAGUAGCAAGAUAGCCGGGGCUCUCCGACAGCUUCACCAGAACCUUGGACAUCCCAACAACCGGGAGCUGGAGCGCCAUCUGCGACUGGCAGGGGCUGACUCUGAGAUGGUUAAGGCGGUCAGCCAGCUUCAAUGCAGCACGUGCGCAAAAUGCGCCCGACCACAGCCCCAACGUGUGGCGAAACCUACGGCCCUCUUGGACUUCAAUGACGCCGUGGCCCUGGACAUCAUUUUCAUUGACACUGCUCAGACGAAGGCUCACUUGGCACUCAACAUGGUUGACAUAGCAUCGUCAUACCAGGUGGUGAUACCAUUGCCCAAUCGUAAAGCUGAAACGGUGGCAGACACCUUCUACAAGCAUUGGGCAUCGUGGGCUGGCAUCCCAGGGAAGCUGGUGCUGGACUUAGACACCUGCUUCCGAGAUGCCUUCUGGGACCUCACCAACAAUGACGGCAUAGCUAUGAGGUGUGCAGCUGGGCAAGCGCAUUGGCAAAAUGGCGUUGCUGAAAGAUAUGGUGGUGCCUGGAAGGCGAUUUGGGAUCGCUUGCAUGAGGAGCACAUCAUUGGGGACAGUGAGGUCUAUGAAGCGGCAUGUGCCGUCAGUGAAGCCCGCAACACCCUGAGAAAUAGGCGGGCCGUGCAGCACCGCAGCCGGGUCCUUCCAACCCAGUUCAAAGCAGGUGAUUUGGUCUAUGUCUACCGUGAUGCCAAAACAAAAGGGAAACGAGCAGCAUCGAAGUGGAUCGGUCCGGCAACCAUCAUUGGGCCAGAGGGGAGCAAUUUUUGGGUGGCACGAGGUGGACGAUGCCUUCUUGCAGCAGGAGAGCACUUACGUCCUGCUGAGCAUGAGGAAGUCAGUGAGGCGCUGCGCAUCAAGGCAGCGUUGCUCCAAAUCCGGCAGUGCAUUGACGCGGACUUUGAGGAGGCGGCUGAUGACAUGGCUGAGGAUGUUGGGCCACAGGGUGCUGCCGCCGCUGACAAAGAGAUCGACGUCUCUAUGGAGGCUGAAGCAGAAGGGAUUGAAGGUGAGCUAGAUGCGGAGGUGGAAGCAGCUGGUAGCUCAUCGGGACCUAUGACCCGUGUCCCGGUCUCAGAGCGUGUGGCAAGGGCAGCAAAGCGGGAGAAAGAAAUACAACAAAUGGCCCGCAAGAAGCAGGCAUUGGAUGAUCUUCCUUUUUCUCUUCGCUCUGGCACCAUCAAACAUCACCUCAAAAGAGGCGACGACGCAGGCAACAUCAAGGAGGCUCAUUUCACGAAGCAUGGAGGUUCACAAGAAGCGCUUGAUAAGGCUCUUGAGAAGGAAAUACCAUGGAACUUGAUUGCACCGGAGGAAAAGGAGCUCUUCAAGCAGGCAGAGGUGACCCAGUGGGAAGAACACCUGAAGUAUGAGGCAGUCAAACCGCUUUCCGAGGCGGAAAGCAAAGAGGUUGAGCAGAAGUACGGCAAGGAGCGGAUCCUGACCUCGAGGUUCCUGUAUCGGGACAAGAACCUUGCAAAACGAAGGACAGAUGCUGGUGUGCCAUGCAAGGCGAAAGCAAGGCUGUGCGUCGGGGGCCAACGUGACCCUGAUCUUGGGGUGGUCGACAUGGCGGUGGAUGCUCCAACUGUCAAUAGGCACUCUCUGCUGCUGGGGCUGGUGGUGGCUUUGUCUUUUGGAUGGACAAUACGCAUUGGUGAUAUCAGAGCAGCUUUCCUCAACGGUGUGCAGUCUUCCCGGAGACUAUUUUUCCGUCAACCUGCGAGGGGAAUUCCUGGUUUGCGGCCUGGACAACUGGUGGAGAUCUUGAAGGGAGUUUUUGGCCUGGCCACAUCGCCAAAGCUGUGGUGGCUGAAGCUGUCUACAGACCUGCUUAGCCUGUCCAUACAAUGUAAUGGGCUCUUCUACUCCAUCGAGCAGAAUGAGAUUGACCCGUGCGCAUUCCGCAUUAUGAACACCAACACGAAUGAGGUCGCUGGAUUAAUCUUCACCCAUGUGGACGACCUGAUGGUCAUGGCUGAGCAGGACCUGGUGGUAAAGGUGCAGGAGGCCAUACAGAAUAAGUUCCCCGUCGACGACUGGGAAGGUGGGCACUUCGAGUAUGUCGGCUGUGAAUAUAAGGUCACAGAGAAUGAGAUCACCAUCACCCAGACGGGAUAUGUGGAGUCCCGGCUGAACAAAAUCGUGGUGCCCUCUGGAUGCCGCGAUGAGGACGCGGCGACCGAAGACUUGGUGAAACAACACAGGUCAGUGGUUGGACGUCCAUCCUAUGGCGAUAUCAAGGCAAUCAACAAGGUCGUGGACCAAGCUAAGAAGUACAAGGAGAACGGCAUCAAAAUCCCAAAGAUUGACCGCUCUGACAUGGUCAUUCUUGGAUAUCAUGACGCUGCCUGGGCGAACGCCGACUUGCCCUGCCAGGCUGACAUUGACACAUCUUGGGACGGAGAUUUCAAACUGGGGUCGCAACUGGCGUCUUUGGUGGUUGUGGCCGACAAGAAAUGCUUGCAGAAUCAACCAGGAGCUUUUGGAGUCCUGGAUUGGAGGAGUCAUGGCAGCCAGCGGGUCUGCCGUUCCACGUUUGCAGGUGAGACGAUGGCGUGUGGAGAGGCUUUGGAAUCAUGCAUCUUCUUGCGAAGCCUUCUGCUAUCUUUCACAAAUGGUCGACUGGUGGGAGAAGCUGAAGCGGGAGCUUUGAUGGGGCUCCACCUUUUCACGGACUGUAAGUCUCUCUUCGACCACUUGCAUCGAGAGGGAAUCCCACGGGCUCCUAGCGAGCGACGUCUGGCUCUAGACUUGGCAGCGAUUCGCCAGUCUUUGGCAGUCGAAGCACGACAUGAGUGGAAGCGAAACUAUGGGUCGGGAACUAUCACUCCUGAGAAGCCUUGUAAGCCGCCAAUUCAUUGGGUCCCAACAGAUCAACAGCUGGCUGACGUUCUCACGAAGCAUUUGAACCCAGCAGGCUGGUGGGAGACCAUUUUGCACGGUUUUCUUGCAUUGCCAUUCAUGCCAAGGCAAUCACAAUUUGGACAG